GAUCUCUCUUUUUACUCUUUCCUUCUCUUUCUUUUUUGCAAAAAAAAAAAAAAAACUUGCUUGCUUUUCAUUUCUUUCAUAAAACACCAUUGUCCGCCAGAUACUCAAAUGGCAAAUUCAGCAUCAGGGAUAGCAGUGAGCGAUGACUGCAAGCUGAAGUUCUUGGAAUUGAAAGCAAAAAGGAACCACAGGUAUCUAGUUUUCAAGAUUGAUGAAUUAGUGCAGCAAGUUGUGGUUGAGAAAGUUGGGGGACAGGCAGAGACACAUGAUGAUUUUGCUAACAGCUUGCCUCCCACUGAGUGUCGUUAUGCUGUUUUUGACUAUGACUGGACUACUGAUGAAAACGUCCAGAAAAGCAGGAUCUUCUUUGUUGCUUGGUCACCAGAGACAGCAAGGGUACGAAGCAAGAUGUUGUAUGCAAGUUCAAAAGACAGAUUCAGGAGAGAAUUAGAUGGUGUCCAGGUUGAGCUGCAAGCAACUGAUCCAAGUGAGAUGAGUUUGGAUACCUUCAUCGGAAGAAUCCAUUGAUGUGUCUCAAUUUCCCAUACUUUCUGGGCCUCUAUUCAUUACUAUAUUAAGGGCUUUUAACACACUUGGCUACUCAGCCAAAAUAAUUAAAGUCGCUCACCAAUAUACAAAAAAUAUACAUUUGCUGGCUACUAAUUUGGUGAGCGGCUAUACAGUAUAAAAAUUAUUUUUCAUUAAUUUGCCUUGGGCCUUCUUUGUUACUACUAGUUUUAAAGGAAUUAUGUUAUCAUUUCUUUUAACUAUGUUUUUCAGUAUUUUCUUUUGAAACCUUUUGUUUUGUAAACUAUUUAACAUGGUCAUGUGACAAUAUGGUGGAAUCCUUUAUAAUAUUUGUU